AUGGCCAGGGCACUAGGCGGCUCAGCCAUCGAAGCAUUCUGGGCAGGCACAUCAUUCCUCUUGACCUCGACUGUCUUUCAGCCCGUCCUCGGAUCCUUCUCCCACAUAUUCGGCCGCAAAGCCUUGAUCUACGUUAGUCUGGCAUUCUUCCUUGCGGGAUCUAUCAUCCCGGCUGUCGCGAACAACUUUACUGUCGUCCUGGUCGGUCGUUCGAUUCAGGGAGUGGGUGGUGGUGGAAUCAUCUCCCUCACGGAGCUGGUGGUCGUCGACACCGUGCCUCUCCGUGAGCGAGGCAAAUGGUUUAGUUUUUUUGGGGCCAUGUGGAGUGUUGGUACCGUAGCAGGCCCAUUGCUAGGUGGCGGCUUCGCACAGAAUGUGACCUGGCGUUGGCUCAAUCAACGAAAUGGCGAUUUCCUCGCCAAGCUGAGGGAAGUGGAUUGGAUUGGCAUGGUUCUUUUUCUCGCAUCCACGACAGGCUUCCUUAUUCCAGUCACAUGGGGUGGCGUACAGUAUGCGUGGGACUCCUGGAGGACACUUGUUCCCCUGAUUGUCAGUGCCGCUGGCAUUGUAGCCUUCGUGGUGCACCAGGAAUACUUUGCGCCGCAUCCUCUGAUUCGCACAUCGAUCUUCAAGACCAAGUCGGCUGCAAUCCUUUACCUCACAACCACUAUCCAUGGCAUUCUCUUAUGGGCUGUUCUAUACUUCAUGCCCCUCUACUUUGAGGCAGUGAAGGGGAUGGGUCCCAUCCUUGCUGGCGUCGCAAUGUUUCCCUGGACCUUCACGGUGGCGCCAGGAUCCAUUGCUACUGGUAUAACCAUUGCGGUGACCGGUAAAUAUCGCUGGGCAAACUGGAUAGGCUGGUUCCUUGCAACGCUGGGCUCGGGUCUACUGAUCUUGCUCAAACCCGACACAUCAACUGUCGCCUGGGUGUUCCUCAACUUGGUUGGUGGUGUCGGGACUGGAAUGCUGUUCCCCGCCAUGGCUUUGGCUGUGCAGGCUUCUGCUGCCGUUAAAGAUCAAGCUUACGCGGCCAACAUGUUCUCGUUCUUUCGCGCCUUCGGUCAGACUCUUGGUGUCGCGAUUGGUGGAGUGAUUUUCCAAAACCAGAUGAGAAAGAAGAUGCUCACGUUCCCAUUGCUCGCCGACAUGGCGGGCGUGUACUCCAAGGACGCUGCUGGCCUGGUCCAGAUCAUCAAGGAUAUGCCUGCAGGCCUGAUGAAAGAGCAACUCCGCGAGAGCUACACUGACGCCCUCAAAUACAUAUGGAUUGUCAUGACCGUCCUGAGUGCUGUCGCACUCUUCUCGACUCUUUUCAUUGACGAGUUCGACUUGAACACAGAAAUGGAUAAUGACAGGGGCUUCAAGGACAAGGAUAAGAUCAAGGAUCCUGAGAAAGAGCAGCGGUGA